ACCGAAUCUUACAAUACCGUAGGAUUGACUUCCUCCGCCAAGCAGUAGACGAUAGGGAGAACACUGUACUAGACAAUAUCAGAGAGGUAGAGCAACUUAGUAGUAUCGUCGCGGUAAUGUGCGGAGUUCAGAUGUCUAGCGUGGUCGAGAACCUCGGAGACAUUUUCCGGGCGGCAGAGGUGGGCAGAGGCACCGUUGUGUGCCACCAGGUAGCGUUCAAUGAUCACUACCGUGGUUCUGAAGCCAAGUUCAGCCAUCAUCUUAAUUUGAAUGACUUAAUCAACGUGCCUCAACAAGAAAUCAAUCCAGCCAUCUUCCACCAGGAAGCGAGUGUAUUGACGUGA